AUGGCUACACAAGGAAGCAGACGACAUGUGUAUCUACUGUUGCUCGUCUCUGGCGUUUUGGUGUCAUUAAGCAUAAGCAUAGAAUGGCCAGUUCCUUACCAACGUUUCCCUUCCAGACCCCGGGCUAACCCAUACUGUAAGGCUGGAGUGAUCCCAUUCUGCCCAACUGGUCUGCCCAGUGGAAAGGUUCCCAUCCCUCAUCUAGAUACUGAUGUCAUUGAAGUGUUUGCUAUGAAAGCUCCUGUAUGGGAAUUCAAGUUUGGAGAUCUUUUAGCAAAAUUUAAUAUAAUUCACGAUGCUAUAGGAUUUCGAAACACUCAGACAGGCCUGAACUAUACAAUGGAGUGGUAUGAAUUAUUCCAAUUGUUUAACUGCACUUUCCCUCACCUGUUGGCUAAUGACAGUCUGACAUGGUGCAAUCAGGGAGCUCUGUGUAUCUAUGAAGGCAUUGACGAUAAGCACUGGGCUGAGAAUGGCACCUUGGUCAAGGUAGCUGAAAUGACAGGAAAACAGUUUAACGAAUUUGGGAAGUGGUUAGAGACUGACAACAAUACAGGGAUUUACUAUGAGACGUGGACUGUAGAAGAGAAGCCAGGAGGAAAACUCUGGUUCGAUUCGUACGACUGUGCUAGUUUCGUCUUGCGGGCUUUUGACAAGCUUGGGGACCUAGGUGCGAAGUUUAACAGUAGCGUGCACCUGAACUACACUCGGAUUCACCUGUAUGCUGAUGAGCCGGUGUACCUGGGCAAUGCCACCGUGAUCUUCGGCCCAGCAGGAAACAAGACAUUGGCGGCCGACAUCAUCGACUUUUACAGGAAGUUCCAAUCCCACCAGACGUUUCCAAACCUUAUCAAGAGCCUUGUGGAAGCAGCUAUGGAGAUCUGGACGGACAGAAAGUUUUAUCUGUUUUACAACUUCGAGUAUUGGUUCCUGCCUAUGAGAUAUCCAUAUGUGAAACUGACCUACUACGAGUCACAAUUGCCAAAAACAAAAGAUACCACGCUGCGGUACAAAAACAAAUCAAACUGAAGAAAUAUUCAUUUUGUGCUAUUUUAUAAAGGGGCACAUUUGUGUUGGCUAUGUAGCUUAUGUUCAAAUGGAGACAUACGACUGCUGUUAUAUGUGUAAAUUAUUAUGUAUCAUGUGAUCGGCCGAGUUUAUAUCUAAAUGGUGUCGACUACUUAAUCGUUGUUCAUAUUAAUACCCUGUAUAGAACUUGUCUGGUCAACGUUUUUCAACAAUUGUAUAUAUGUACAAAUAUUGCAUAUUUUCUAUAUUUUACCAAAUGCUUAUCUACGGGUCUUUGUUGGAGUGUAAUGAAAACUAUACAUGUGCUCUUUAUGCAAGUAGUGUGAGCAAGUGACAAAUGAAACUUCUCCUUUAUGUAGAGUUUAUCAUACACCUUUAACCUGACAUGCUGCUGACGAGAGAAAUUGAUGAAAACAUGGAUUUCCACCUGUCCUAAACCAGUUUUCUCCACAAAGUAUUCAUGACGGAAUUCUCGAGUGACACAGGGAAUCUUAAGAGAUGGGCCUCAGUACGUGAGGAAAGUGUUUUGACUUUUUCCAAAAUUUGACUGAAAAGUUAUGCAUGAAUACUGUUUAUGUUUUGACAAAAUAUUCGAAAGUGCCAACUGUGAUAUAGGUAUGUUUUUAUUAUUUCCUUUCACGGACAGCUAUUAACGGUAAACGUUUUGAUAGUACAUUUAUACAGGGAUAUGCAAAAUAGAAACGGUUAACAACACAGUGGCCACUUUCACAAAAUAAGGAGAUUUAUAUAUAUAUAAAUAAAGUAAUAACUCCAAUUUUUUU